CGGAUUUAUUUGGGGAUCGGAAUUGAGAUUGAUUCUAGAAUACUAUGCAAUAAUAGAUACCGAGAUGCCAAUACCGUACAGAUUUCCACAUCUAACUCACAGGUCAACCAGCCGGUUACCCAUGCAUUACUCGAUAAUUUGACCUGGCUGAACCCGUACCAAGGUUAACUAGAAUAACCAGACCGGACGCGCGGUUUUGCGGCCCCGGGUUGAAGAAUCCUAAUACCCUUCGGAAAAUGAUUAAACAAAAAAAGAAAAGUAAAAUUCCGUCAGCAGAUUGUGUUGUUGGUGUUGGAGACUAGAGAGAGCCGCCCUGGAUGAUUCAACGACAUCCCCCAUUUCUUUGACCUUUCUUCUUCUUCUUCGCAUAUAUAUAUUAUCAUGUUUAAUUUUUUGGGUUUCCAUUUUUUCCACCCAAUGGUCUAAUUUAGCAGCUUCUCCAUGUCUACGAUUCUCUUUUGGCUCACAGCUUUCGACUUUUCUCUGAUGGGUUCUUGACGGCCGCCAAAGGGAAACAAAAAAGAGAAGAAGAAUCAGCUCAUCAAUCCCACCAAGAACAAGCAGCCACAUCAACCAAAAAAGGAAAAGCUUUGGUUUUGAUCAUGCAAGAAGAAGAAACAGCUGAUUCCUGGCCUCCUGUCAUACUGUUCUUACUGCUCUCAAUCAUCUUCCUCCAUGUAACUCUGGUCGCCGGAGAUUCUCUGGAGGCGGACAGAGACGCUCUACUCAGCUUCAAAUCCUACUUGAUAAGCAAUAACAGAGUGAACCCAGGGAGGUACUUGCAAUGGAAUCAAGGAGGCGGCGGCGGCGCCGCCGCCACCAACCCCUGCAACUGGGCCGGAAUUUCCUGCUCGUCCGACCGUUCCAGAGUCACCGGGAUCGACCUCUCCGACAACAACAUCUCCGGCGAGCUCUACAACAAUUUCUCAUCCUUAACAGCUCUGGAGUCCCUUGACCUCUCCAGAAACUCGCUCCUCGGCUUCCUUCCUUCUUCUGAUCUCGGCAACUGCCGCAGCCUUGCUUACCUCAAUCUCUCGCACAACAUCCUCAAGGGGGAAGUGAACUUCACCGGGCUGACGAACUUGCGGGUGCUCGACUUAGCUAAGAACAGGUUUACAGGAGGAGUUCAGUUCGGUCGACCUGGAAUGUGCAACGACUUGGUGGUGGCCAAUCUGUCGGAGAAUUAUUUCAGUGGAAGGAUCGAUCAGAGCUUCGUCGGGUGCUCGAAUUUGGAGUACCUUGAUUUGAGCUCCAAUCAGUUCACCGGCGGGUUGUGGAGCGGAUUUUCCAAGCUCAAGGAGUUCUCUGCCUCGGAGAAUGGAUUGAAUGAGCUCUCUGGCUCUGUGUUUGAUCAGGAUUGCAGCCUGCUGUCCUUGGACAUAUCCGAGAACAAUUUCACUGGCGAAUUGCCUGGAAAUGUUUCGAACUGCAGGAAUCUCACGAGCUUGAAUGCUGCAGGGAACGGUUUCAGUGGCCCCAUUCCAUCAAAAAUCGGCAGGAUCGGGAGCCUGGAAACUCUGCUGCUCGGCAACAAUAGCUUUUCUCCGGCUAUACCGGAAUCUCUAUUGAGCUUGAACAACUUGACCCUUCUGGAUUUGAGCAGAAACAAAUUCGGAGGCGAAGUACAGCCCAUCUUUGGCAAGCUCACACAAGCUAAGUAUCUGGUGCUGAGCGGGAAUUCAUAUACCGGUGGGUUGUACGGUUCAGGACUUCUCAACCUAACACAUCUCCUUGGACUAGACUUGAGCUACAACAAUUUCUUAACUCCAUUACCGGUCGAAAUCUCCCAAAUGCGCGGUCUCAAGUUCCUAAUCGUGGCACAUAAUCAGUUCAACGGCAGCAUACCUCGUGAAUACGGGAACCUAACAGACAUUCAGGCGCUCGAUCUCUCCUUCAACAGGCUCACAGGUAGCAUACCAUCCUCCAUUGGUGAUCUCAACUCACUCCUAUGGUUGAUGCUUGCAAACAACACCUUAACCGGCGGAAUACCUCCUGAAUUGGGCAGAUGCAACAGCUUGCUGUGGCUGAACCUAGCCAACAACAACCUCUCAGGGGAAAUCCCAUCUGAACUAAUGAACAUAGGCAGCAAUCCGGGGCCUACAUUUCAACAAAACCGCGAGUACGGGAGGGCUUAUGCUGGGGUUGGAGAGUGCUUGGGAAUGAAGAGAUGGAUACCAGCUGAUUACAAUCCGUUCAGCUUCGUCUACUCGAUACUCAACACACGGAGCUGCAGAAGCUUGUGGGAUAGAUUAUUCAGAGGAAAUGGACUCUUCCCGGUGUGUGCUCCGGGGUCCACCGUCAGAACGUUUGCGAUCUCGGGUUAUCUCCAGCUCAGCGGGAACAUGCUGUCAGGACAGGUCCCUAGAGAAAUCGGCAAGAUGCAGAAUUUCAGCAUGCUGCAUUUGGGAUUCAAUGAUUUUACAGGGGAUUUACCUCCGGAGGUCCAGCAAAUGCCCCUCGUGGUUCUGAACCUGACCCGAAACUCGUUUCGGGGAAGCAUCCCCAGCGAAAUCGGCAACAUCAAGUGCUUACAGAACCUGGAUUUCUCCUACAACAACUUCUCAGGAACGUUCCCAACCAGCUUCAACAACUUGACAGAGCUCAGCAAGUUCAACAUCUCCUACAAUCCAUUCAUCUCCGGCGUCAUUCCAACCACCGGCCAGUUAGCAACAUUCGAGAGGGAUUCCUUUCUAGGAAACCCCCUCCUGAGUCUGCCCCAGUUCAUCAGCAACCCACCCGAUUCCCGUGCAACAAAGGAUCCGAAUUCUGCAAAUGACAAGAAAGCAAUUCGCACGAAAUGGGGAGCAUUCUUGAUCUUCUCCGCCCUCGUCUUGGCAAUCUUGAUCUGCGGAGCACUGUCGUUCGUCAUCCAUCUACUGGGGAAACCCCAAUCAUCAUCAUCACCUGGGUAUCUACUGCAACACAACAAAUCCAGGCACGACGUCUCGACGACCUCCGGCAGCUCGUCGCCGGUAUGGUCGUCGGACACCGUGAAGGUAAUCCGCCUGGACAAGACGGCGUUCACCCACGCCGACAUUUUGUCCGCGACGGAGAACUUCUCGGAGGGGAGAAUCGUGGGGAGAGGAGGGUUCGGCACAGUUUACAGAGGGGUGUUACCUGACGGAAGAGAAGUCGCGGUGAAGAAGCUGCAGAGAGAAGGGAUCGAAGGGGAAAAGGAAUUCCGAGCGGAGAUGGAAGUCCUGACCGGCAGCGGAUCUGGAUCUGGAUCUGGCUGCCCGCAUUUGGUGACGCUCUACGGGUGGUGCCUCGACAGAUCGGAGAGGAUCCUGGUGUACGAAUUCAUGGAAGGAGGGACGCUGGAGGAUGUGAUGGCGGAUCGGCUGACGUGGCGGCGGCGCGUGGAGAUCGCUGUCGACGUGGCGCGGGCGCUGGUGUUCCUCCACCACGAGUGCUUCCCGGCGGUGGUACACAGGGACGUCAAGGCGAGCAAUGUGCUGCUGGAUAAGGAAGGGAGGGCUAGGGUUACGGAUUUCGGGCUGGCGAGGUUUGUGGACGUCGGGGGGAGCCACGUCAGCACGAUGGUGGCCGGGACGGUGGGGUACGUGGCGCCGGAGUACGGGCAGACGUGGCAGGCGACGACGAAAGGGGAUGUUUACAGCUACGGGGUGUUGUUGAUGGAGCUGGCGACGGGGAGGAGGGCGGUGGACGGAGGGGAGGAGUGUUUGGUGGAGUGGGCGAAGAGGGUGAUGGUGGGCGGCGGCGGAGGAGGAAGGGGGCGGGCGGCGGCGGCGGUGGUGGGGCCGGGAGCGGCGGAGAUGGUGGAGCUCUUGAGGAUCGCGGUGAGGUGCACGGCGGAGGCGCCGCAGGGGAGACCCAAUAUGAAGGAGGUGCUGGGGAUGUUGGUGAAGAUACCCGGAAGCAGUAAGAGAGGAGGAAACUUGUUCGCCGGCGGCAACGGCGACGACCUAGCUCCGGCGUGGUAAAAAAUAGCAAAUUAAGGAAAAUGAAAGAAAGAAAAUACAUGUAUGUAAAAUAUAGUAGUGUAGCCAGCAGCCAGCAAGGAAGAACAUAUUUCUCCAUUUUUGUCCUUUUUUAUCUCUGAUUCUUAUUGUAAAAAAGAAUAAUGAAUUAUGCAAAACCCAUU